AUGGCGGAUGUUAUGCACGGUCUGCUAGCCGGUCCAAGAACGGAGUUGAUUAGCCAACAUGGACGCCUCCAGUUGACACCGUCAAUGAUCCCUGAUGCGUCCAAUUUCGACGCUAAAGACUCUUCAUUCUUUAAUAAAUGGAGCGAGUUACCUUCCCCAAAACAAGUUCGGGAAAAGGCCAAAUCACAGUGGCUCUCAGGAACCAGUCUGGACAAGCGCAAGACCCUCACAUACGGCGGGUGUCAUAUGAGACCGCCACCUGCGGUGUUUGAAGACAUGGGCCUGGUUGUCAAAUGGGGAGUUCAGGUGGGAAUAGCAGAGGCCCAGUCUGCCUAUGCUGUGCACCGUUCCCUGAAAGGCCGUGUACCAGUUCCUGAAGUAUACGGAUGGCGCACAGAAGGGGAUGAGAAGUUUAUUUACAUGCAAUAUAUGCAUGGAUGGACUUUAGAGGCAGCUUGGGAUUCGCUGGAACACAAUGAACGCGAUACAAUCUGUCAUCAGCUCCGGACAGUUGUCGAUGAUCUCCGCCAGCUUGAACAAGAUCCUUCAGACACAUUUAUAGGCAAUGUUGUGCGAUCUCCUCUUUACGACAGAGUACUCCCUUUUAACUGCCUACAGGAGGCCGGACCUUUUGCUUCAGUCCACGAUUUUCAUGAGUGGUUCACAUUUCUUCCCCGCAGACCAAUGCCCGAUCCGCAUUCUGUUCCAAUUGAACCAUUUCGCCAUGAGCUGUCUGAUGAUAGCUCUAUUAAGUUCACCCACGGCGACCUCCAUCGCAUCAAUAUUAUUAUAACACCUUCUAAACCAUACUGUCUCCUGGCUGUCGUCGACUGGGAACAAUCUGGCUGGCUACCUGAGUACUGGGAGGCCCGCAAAGCGCAGUACACUGCUUUUCAUAGGGAGGAAUGGUCGAUGAAAUAUUUACCAAUGUUUCUAGAUCAAUACACGAAUACUGCGGAUCCAUGGGAUUGGUAUACACCGGCUAUGGGGUGUUAA